UCUGUCACACUUUUCAGAAAAGUGCAUUUCUUUGGACUUACCUCCUUCACACAGCACAAGCUGCACUAAAAAGUUCCAUUGCCCUUGUUCACCAAUGAAAAUUCCAACUAUGGCUUUGUUCAAGCAACAGAAGGUGGAGGACGUGUAUGAAAUUGGGGAAGAGCUAGGAAGUGGCCAGUUUGCUAUAGUGAAGAAGUGCAGAGAGAAAAGCACGGGUGUGGAAUACGCUGCCAAGUUCAUUAAGAAACGCCAGAGCCGGGCCAGCCGCCGCGGGGUGAGGCGGGAGGAGAUCGAGCGGGAGGUGGCCAUUCUGCAGCAGGUCCUGCACGCCAACAUCAUCAAGCUGCACGACAUCUACGAGAACAAGACGGAUGUGGUCCUCAUCCUUGAGCUGGUUUCUGGAGGGGAACUUUUUGACUUCUUGGCACAGAAAGAGUCUUUAAGUGAAGAGGAAGCAACCAGAUUCAUCAAGCAGAUUUUGGAUGGUGUGAAUUACCUUCACUCUAAGAAAAUUGCUCACUUUGAUUUAAAGCCUGAAAAUAUUAUGCUUCUAGACAAGAAUAUCCCUAUUCCACAUAUCAAACUCAUUGACUUUGGCCUGGCUCACAAAAUAGAAGAUGGAGUUGAAUUUAAAAACAUUUUUGGAACUCCAGAAUUUGUAGCUCCAGAAAUAGUAAACUAUGAACCACUUGGACUAGCUGCAGAUAUGUGGAGCAUUGGAGUCAUCACCUACAUACUGCUUAGCGGAGCCUCGCCUUUCCUUGGAGAAACUAAACAAGAAACACUUGCCAACAUCACAGCUGUGAAUUAUGAAUUUGAUGAAGAAUUUUUCAGCAAUACCAGUGACCUGGCAAAAGAUUUUAUUCGGAAACUCCUGGUGAAAGAUACCAGGAAGCGGCUGACAAUCCAGGAAGCUCUGUCUCAUCCCUGGAUAACGCUGAAAGAAGAAACCAAAGUCCAAGAAAACAAGAAAACUGAGAACACGCAGCUGAAGACAAAACGCCUGAGGGAGUACACCAUCAAGUGCCAUUCCAGCAUGCCUCCCAAUAAUACCUACAUCAACUUUGAACGCUUUGCCCGGGUAGUGGAAGGCCUUUCACUUACGGAACAGGGUUUCAGCACCUUGGCUGCAUCCCACGACUCCUUGCAGGAAGACAUUGAUGCUCUGGUUUCCAUUUACAAUGAGAAAGAAGCCUGGUAUAAAGAAGAGAGUGAAAGCGUGAGGCACAAGCUGUCUCAGCUGAGCCAGUGGACAAGCAACAAGCUUUGGUUCGGCAAGCAUCUGUUGUUAACAUGGAAAGCUUCAAAAGGCAGUAUGCUAGAAGGCGAUGGAAGCUUUCUUACCAUAUUGUCUCGCUGUGCAAUCACUUCUCUCGUUCACUGGUGAAAAAGGUCCUGAUGCAGGAUGAAAGUUUGAGAAACUGUGAAAGUGACAGUGAGGAUCUUUCCCAAAGAAAAGCCACCCAUCAGAGGAGAAGCAGCAUAUCAUAAUGCAAUGAGAAUUCCACGGGCAGGAGACAAGGGAAACUCAUCCUUGCUGAAAAAAGCAGCUCUGACAACAGAUCUUGACUUCUUGUCUGAAUCCUUGGUAUGAUGCUUCUCAAACUACACCAACAGCUGGAUGAUGUUAUUAAAUGCCUACUGAGCAUUUUAGAACUGUGGGGAUCUGGAUUCCCAGGGAAGUGCUGCAGCACAAGCACCUUUUGGAGUGCUUUUUUAUGCUGAGCAUUUCAGUGAUACUUCAAUCUGUGAUAUCAGGACGUAGAGGUUCUGCUGAUGUCCUUUUGCUGCAGAGUUAUUCACAUUCUGCACCACAAUUAAGACUGUGUAUGUUAUUUCAUUCAGGGAAAUUGUUAUUGAGUCUCAAGGAAAAUUUUUAAUACCUUUUUUUAUAUUUGUUAAUAGUAUAAAUAUUUGAUGGCAAAUAUCUGACAGGCUUUGUUAGCUGUCUGCAGCACUGUUAUUGCUGUCAUUGAAGAGAAAAAAUCAGUGCCAUUGGUAUCAUAACCUUGAUUUCAUGAACCUAGCAGUAACAGUUCUGUACUGCAAUAAGAACUGUGCUCUGGCCAUCAUCCUUGGCUGCAGACUAACCCAACUGCCAUUGUCAGUGUGAGUGUAACUGAUCCGGGCCUGAGAGGAUGAGAGGCCAAGACAAUUUAUGGAUGAAAAAGAGAAAAAAUUCUGAAGUGACUUCCAUGCACCCAAAUAGAGUGUUUUUACAGAAUGAUGGCAGGAUGCUUCACCAGAACAGGGCACUUAAAAACUUGAGGUAUAUGAAGAAAUGGUCUUUAUUAGAUGUUGUUACUAUUUUAAUUUAUUGUCAGCAAAUUGGAGAUUCAUUAACACCUAUUUGUAUAGGUGCUGUUUACAUGCAACCCUGACUGCAAAUAUCUGUGUUUUAUUCAGUGGGUUGUACCCAAAUUGAGGAGUUAAGCACUUUGAUACUGACGUAACUUCUUUUUGUGCUAGGAAGUUGCAUCAUUUUAACUAUCUUAGUUUAUAAACCAAUAUUGUUCAAUUGGUACCAAAAACAUGCAUAGACUAGGUUAUUUUUUUCAUUGAAUGUAUUAGUUGUUAGAAGUUCAUAUUUUGCCAUUUCAUAAAUUAAAACUCUGAAAGCAAGCCUACUAGAAACAACUACAGAUUGACAGGGAAAGUGGGUUUGUUUGACUUUAUUGUUGUCACAUCUGGGCUGAGGUUUUAGAGCUGAAGGUGUGAACUAAUGUUGAAAACUGGUAUCAGGUUAAUUUUGCCUUGAUUCCAGUUUCAGAGAAAGAAAUAAAUAUCUGCUCUUUUUAUUUGUAGCUUUGUACCCUUGUUUAGGAAGAGACUAAAAUGCAGUUGAUGAGAGUAUUUCUGUGAGAGGAAGGAAAUGUAUAAGAAACGUUGGGGGAGAGAGGCAGAAAGUAGGAUUUGAGAGAAGAAGCAUAAAAUGAAGGAGAUGGUUGAGGGGGAAAAAAGCAGUGGAGAGGAGUGUGAGAGGGACAUGUGGGGAGCAGAGGUGAACCUGGGCUGGGAGUGGGGAAGAAAGGGAAAGAGAACGUAGGUAGCAGGAAUUGUGGAAGCAGGAGAAUGGAUAUUUUGGCAAAUAUGGCACUGCAUAUUGAUACUAUUUAUUCAAUUUUCUUUUAUUUCAUGUCCUGUGAUGUGUCUGGUGAAGAGAUAAUGAGCAGGGGGUGGGCUUCUCUUCACAUUUAAUUAAAAGGUGAAUUUCUGAGCUUUCUGUGUAAUUUUUGAGGCAGAAUCCUCAAAAAGUACUGUAGCAAUGAAUAUAUAAUGAGAGAGAGCAGUAAGGGGAAAAACGAUUGUUUUGGUGCCUGGAGAGAAUCUUUCAUAAGUAGAACGUUAAAAAUUAAUAUUUGGAUAAAAAGCUGCCCAGCUUCUUGCUUUCCCUGUCCCAUCAGUUCAUUCCCUGGGCUAUGAAAAACCAAAUCAAUUCCAAGCCAGUGGUAUUUUUCCAAAUGUUCAGAGUUCAUAAAACACCUUCAGUUUCCAGAUCAAGAGGCAUCAGGAUUUGUAUGUAAAUGGCACUUCUGACUGUUAAGCCCUGGUUAAAAUAGCUUUGAGGUUGUUGCAUCAGACCUGGUGGACAAGGUCAUUCUUAUGUGAAAUCCUAGCAACGAUGGAGCAAGAUGGGCUGCAGCAGAAAGGCAGGGAGAGGAGGGCAAGGCAGCGGGGCAGGCGUGAGCUCCGGCUGGUUCAUUCUAGGCGAGAGAAGGAUGAGAGGUGGUGUUAGAGACAGCUCCUGGCGUCGGGGCCUCAGUCUUCGUGCCCAGGGCAGCUAAGGGCAGCAGUCCUGGGAGGGACCCACCCUGCGGUGGGUUUUGAGGAGUGACCCAGAGGUUCUUUUUAUUAAGGGGGGGCGAGGGAAAGGCAUGGAAAGGACGGGGUAGCGAGAAGGGAGAUGUAGUACAUGUCAAUAAAGCCAUUCAUGUUACAGAAUUUACCUUGGCGAGGGAGAAAAAUCUAUUUUCUAUUUAUUAUUUUUGAGCUGUAAGGAGCCUGGAGAUAAGGGAUCGUCUGAAAAAAAUAAAAAGGCAAGUAUUUUUAUUAAAAUAAGAUUUUUAUGCUACUUUAGUCAUGCUUUUCAUUUACGUGCCUGUCUUUUUAUGAAGAGAAACACUGAUUAUUAUUUUAUAUUUUUUUUAUGUGGCUGGAAACAGCACAGACUGUCGAGACCAGCCCAUACACGCGUUAAUCGGGUUUGCUAAUAAAACCUGGGAGAAGCAG